UGAUACCCGCCUUCGCAAAUCGGUGUGUCAUAACAAAUGUCAUGAGAAGUUCCUCGAGUAAAUCCAAACACAAAAGAAACCUACACUUAUUAAAAACUGACCUCGUUUCUUGAAUGGUUUUCAGGCCUGACUGACUGCUUUCACGCAUGCUUGGGCAUGAAUUCAGGUUGAACGAAUUUUCGUCACAAUAACACGACAGUCCUAUAUGUAUAAAUAAGACCGGUAAUUGAAGUAAAAUGGCAGAGUAUGAAAGAAGUGCACCCCAUAUGAACGGACACGUUAACGGAGCGAUGACCAACGGACACUCGGAUACAGAGACGGACAAACAGAGCGAGAGCUCUACAACAUCAUCAACACGUAACCUCACCAGUAGAGAUCUACCUCCAGUUCCAAAAAUAGAAAACCCGCCCCCGCUCCCCAAGGAUCCUCCUCGAACAGAAAAGCUACCACCUAGAAUACGAACUAGCAGACCACCUACCAACACGGUGACAAAAUUUAUCCCCGAAAAUGAAAUAACGAUACCAAAAGACGGAAACCUGUCGUCCUUUAAUACAGAAGAUAUGGUGACCUUCUUCCGCCACAUGGGGGUCGAGGACAGAAUUGUGAAUCAUUUACAGAGAAAGGGACUCACUGGGAAAAAAUUCUCCUCCCUUAAAGACGCUGACUUGGAAACAAUUGGAAUCAAGAACCCGAUUGUGUCAUAUUUCAGGGACAGGAGCAAACCCAGCAAAAAGAAUGUACCUUUUAUACUAUAAAAGAAAAUUGUCAAGUCAAUGAAUAUCCUUGUAUAAUAUCGGCACUAGAGAAAUAUGAAGAAGUGGGUACGGCAUCCUAACUUAUGGUGCUUUCUUUAAUUCAUGACGAAAAAUCUUCAUUACAUCAGAAGAUUCACAGUGAUAUGAUAUUAACAUAUUCCAGGAUGUGCAAUUCCAGAUGGUAUGCAAUACGUUAUUAGGAUAUAUAGUAACAAAUGCUGUCUUUUGAAAUCUACAGACAAUAUUGUGUAAAUUCUAUAUUUUGGUGAUGUCCAUAUUUUUGUAAUGUCCAUUGAUGUUAUGUGCCAAAGAUUUGUAUAUAAACGAAAUUCUUUUCAUGACAGGAAAGGGACAGUUAAAGCAUAAAUAUACUCAUUAUAUACAUGUAGACAGUAGGCACAAAAUAUAGAA